CCAAGAUUCCCCGAGUUCACCCCCCUAAUGUCAUGAUCUCUCCAACCCAACAUCCAUCCUACUAAUCUAACUACUCGACAUUCGUGGCCCUCUUUUUUGACUACUUUCUCUCCAACCCCCAUCUUCUUGACUGCAUUGAUGGUAGCUGGAGGGUAUAGUCAUGGCCACCUCUAGUUCUUCGAGGCCUUCGUGCCGCGAUCUAGACAACACAAUGCGCGUGGAUGCGGGUUCAUGUCGCGGGGGAUUUGACUUUUCGCUUUUGUUCGAGGAGGCCAUCCUCAGUCUUCUUCCCAUCGCAUUGAUCUCAAUUCUGGUUCCAUUGCGAGUAUGGCAGCUUUCGCAGAAACGACGUAAAGUUGUGGGCUCAUGGUUGCUUCCAAUCAAACUUGCCGCUUGGGUGUUUUUUGUUGGACUCGGAAUUGCGCAAACCGUCCUGUGGGCUUUGCCCACCGCCGAUAAAAGCAAAGCUUCCAUUGCGACUAAUGCUGUGCUCACCGUUGGGGCGUUGAUGCUCUGCACUCUCUCUUAUGCGGAGCACACGCGGUCUGUCCGACCAUCAUUCAUUUUAAAUACGUACCUGCUCUGCAGUCUGCUUUUCGAUAUCGCGCGGGCCAGAACGCUAUGGCUCAGGGCUGCGGAUGGGUUUAAUGAAGUCAUCGCAAUUGUCACUACCGUUGCGGUAGGAUGCAAAUUGCUUCUUGGAAUUCUGGAAGCUAUUGAGAAGCGUCAUAUUCUGAAGACUGAGUUUGCCGGUUACCCACCAGAAGCUACAGCUGGCUUCUACAACCGAUCGCUCUUUUGGUGGUUGAACCCGCUCUUCAAGAACGGCUUCAGCAACAUUCUUUCUGUGGAAGACCUUUUCGUUCUGGACAAGGAGUUGAGCUCCGAGAGACUUCUGGCUAUGUUUGAGGAGAGAUGGAGCAAAGUGAAAUCCAAAUCUCCAAACACCUUGCAAUUCGAAUCGUUCAAGGCUGCCAAGUCGCCCCUUUUGGCAGCUGUUCCGGCUCGCGCAUGUGUCGUUGCUUUCAACUUCUGUCAGCCAUUGCUUCUGGCUCGAUCACUCUCUUUCUUUGAUGAGCCCUUGAACAACGCCACCAACAAUGUUGGAUAUGGGCUCAUCGGCGCCUACGUCUUGGUCUACACUGGCUUAGCUGUCUCUAUGGGUCAAUACCAACACAACACGUAUCGAGGCAUCACCAUGGUCCGUGGUAUCCUUGUCACGAUGCUUUACAAGAAAGCUAGCAGCCUGAACCUCAACGAAGCUGACCCAGCCAGCUCUCUCACUUUGAUGAGCGCUGAUGUGGAACGAAUUACUCAGGGCUGGCAGACCAUGCACGAGAUUUGGGCCAACUCCGCUGAGAUUGGUCUGGCUAUUUAUCUGCUAGAGCGACAACUUGGAAUUUCUUGCAUUGUUCCAGUCUGUGUCGCUCUGGUGGCACUAGUCGGAUCUCUCAUUGGAAUGUCUUUCGUGGUAUCUCGACAAGCCAAGUGGCUCGAAGCCAUCGAACGGCGCAUUUCGUCUACUUCGGGCAUGUUGGGUUCCAUCAAAGGCGUCAAGAUGCUCGGCCUGCAGGAUUCAUUCAUGAAAUUUGUACACGGCCUUCGCAUUGACGAGCUGGAGAUCUCGAAGAAGUUCCGUACUCUUUUGGUGUACAACAUGGGCUUCGCGUGGUUGACUCGCAUCUUCGCCCCGAUCUUCACCUUUGCCGUGUAUGUUGCCAUCUCGGAUUCUACAUUGAAUGUUUCUCGAGUUUUCACCUCCUUAUCGCUCUUUUCACUCCUGUCUGAUCCCCUUCUUACGCUUGUCAUGGCCUUGAUGUCGUUUGCAGGCUCAGUUGGAUCAUUCGCUCGAAUCCAGGAGUUCCUCGACAAGGAGGAUCAUUCUGACCAGCGACGCAAUACUCCUCAAAUCCCAUCUCUCGAAGAUCUUGGCGAUGCCAAGCUCCUUUCCAAAUCUGGUGAUCUGGAUUUGGUUUCAAGCAACUCCGGCUCAGUUGAGUCCUUGAAGCGCGGCUCCACUUCUUCCUUCUCGUCUAAUGCCGCUAUAAUCCAAAAUGCCACCUUCGGAUGGGAUGCUGAAAAGGAGGCUAUUUUGAAGGACAUUAACUUGACUCUUCCUCGUGGCAGCUUCACUAUCCUCAUUGGGCCUUCUGGCUGUGGUAAAUCAACGCUUCUGAAAGCCCUUCUGGGAGAGAUCCGUUGUAAAGAAGGCAAGGUGGAAUUGACUUCAUCAAGCGUGGCCUUCUGCGACCAGACGCCCUGGCACAUGAACGGCACUAUCAAGGACAGUAUUGUCUCCAUGUCAGAAUACGAUCCAAAGUGGUACUCAUCCGUCAUCCAAGCAUGUGCGCUGGAAGAAGAUCUCUCACAAUUCCCUCGUGGUGACCGAAGUGUCAUUGGAAGCAAAGGUGUUGCUCUCAGUGGUGGCCAAAGCCAACGUAUUGCGCUUGCCCGUGCGGUCUAUGCCCGAAGAAAGAUUAUUAUUUUGGAUGACGCUCUUAGUGGUCUUGACGCCAUGACUGAGAGUCACAUUUUCCACCAUCUGUUCGGAAACAUGGGUCUCUUGAGAGAGAUCGGUACUUCUGUGAUCGUCGCUUCAUCUUCUGUCAAGCGUCUGCCCUAUGCUGAUCACAUCGUUGUAUUGGACAAGACCGGUCGCAUCUCUGAGCAAGGCAGCUUCAGCGCACUCAACAAGUCCGGUGGAUACGUCUCCAGCUUUGACUUGGGUGCACCGGACUGGGACUACAAGCCCAAGAGGUUCUCCGCGUCCCCGAGCUAUAGCACUGUCGACUCUGUUGAGAAGGAGAAGGAGGCCAUCAUCCCUGAGCCUGAGCAUCGUGACAGUGGAGGCGAUCUAUCCAUCUAUACUUACUACAUCGACGCAAUUGGGUGGCUACCUGCUUUUGUCUUCAUGGUUGCCAUGGCCAUCUUUGUCUUCUGCAUCUCGUUCCCCAGCAUCUGGCUGAAGUGGUGGGCCAACUCCGACACUGCAGAGCCCAAGCAACACAUUGGGUUCUACCUUGGUAUCUACGUUAUGCUCGGCUGUGUCGCCAUGAUUGCUUUGAUUGUGGGCUGCUGGCAAAUGAUCAUUACCAUGGUUCCCAAGUCUGGUGAAAGCUUCCACCGCAAGUUGUUGAAGACUGUUCUCAGCGCACCGAUGCUGUUCUUCUCAACAACAGAUAGUGGUAAUAUUCUCAACCGAUUCAGCCAGGACCUGCAACUGAUCGACAUGGAACUUCCGAUUGCUGCCAUCAAUACGGUCGCCACUUUCUUCCUCUGUCUUGCUCAGAUGGCCCUUAUUGGCGUCGGCUCUAAAUAUGCUGCGAUCUCGUUCCCCUUCGUCCUUGGACUUCUGUUUCUCAUCCAGAAGAUGUAUCUGCGCACUUCUCGGCAAUUGCGUUACUUGGAUCUUGAGGCUAAGGCGCCUUUGUACUCCCAUUUCACCGAUUGUCUGCAGGGCCUGGUUACACUUCGAGCCUUUGGCUGGCAGCAUGGCAUGGAGAUGAAAAACAUCGAGCUCCUGGAUUACUCGCAACGGCCGUUCUACUUCAUGUUUGCGAUCCAGCGCUGGUUGACACUAUCUUUGGAUCUUGUCGUUGCCGGUAUUGCGGUGCUGCUGAUUGUUUUGGUGGUUGUCCUCCGUGGAACCAGUCUAGGCGCUGGAUCCGUUGGUGUUGCCCUGCUCAACGUCAUCCAGUUCAGUCAAAGCAUCAAGCUGAUGGUGACCUUCUGGACCAACUUGGAGACCCACAUUGGCUCUAUUAUGCGUGUGAAAGAGUUCACUCAGAAUGUCGAUUCCGAGGAUCAGCCUGGAGAGGACGGUGAUAUCCCUCCCGACUGGCCAUCGAAUGGAGCAGUGUCUUUCCAUUCGGUAUCUGCGGCUUACAGACCCUCGGAGCCUGUCCUUAAUGACGUAUCGCUAUCCGUCGCCGCAGGAGAGAAAGUUGGAAUUUGUGGACGAACUGGAAGCGGCAAAACGUCUAUGAUCAUGAGCCUCUUCCGGAUGAUCGAACUAACAAGCGGCAUUAUCACCGUAGACGGCGUUGACAUCACCAGCCUCCCUCGUCGCGAAAUACGCUCACGCAUCAACGGAGUCUCGCAAGACUCACUGCUUUUCAAGGGCAGUGUUCGCCUCAAUGCCGACCCCACAGGCUCGCGCACCGACCGAGACAUUCGCAACGCGCUCAAGAGCGUACAACUUCUCCCUGUGAUCCUCGAAAAGGGCGACCUCGACUCGGACAUGGAUGAGAUCUACCUGUCACAUGGGCAAAAACAACUAUUCUGUCUUGCCCGCGCGCUCCUUCGCCAGGGCAACAUCCUGAUCCUCGACGAGGCGACCAGCAACAUCGACACCAAAACAGAUGAUAUCAUGCAACGCGUUAUUCGCGAGAAGUUCUGCAACCACACCAUCAUCGCGGUCGCGCACAAGCUCGACACUAUCCUCGACUAUGACCGCGUUGUGGUGCUAGAUGCCGGCCGGAUCGUCGAGACCGGAGAGCCAUACGCGUUGCUCACAGAUCCGAAAUCGCAUUUCGGUCGACUAUAUGCCAGCUCUAUUACGACCGAGGACACAUAAUAAGUAGAUCCAAUGAUAGUCGUCCUCGGCUUGUGUUUAUUUUGUUUCUGUCUACUCUCUUUUAUCCCAUUGCAUUGCACAGUUUGAGCAUUUGGCAUUGAUUGACCAAGGCCAAGUUUGCCCUGGCGCGCUUAUCGAAUUCCAAUCCUUCAUGGUACAUAUCGACUUCAACAUACGAAUUUUGUUUGCCAGGCCUUUUUGAUUAUAUGCUCUUAUUUUUGAUUUCUAUCAUUUUGAUCCUUUUCUUGACUCUCGUUCAUCCCAGUUGCAAGUCUGGUUACUUCUUACUCUCCUUGACUCCUAUUGAUUUUUUACUUGGGCCGUACCUACGGCGGAUGGAUAGAAUUGGGUGGUUUGUCGUUGUAUUAGGCAUAAUUAUGCUCAUGCCCUCUUACUCUUAAUGAUAAUCAAAGGAGUAAUUUGAAUGUCAAAUAAAUUAUUCGACUCAAGUUCUAUCUCCUAAACGUCUAAGCUCAACGUGGAUGUAGUCUUGGAAUUUUUGGUUGCAAUUUUCAAAUUUCAACGGAUGAGGC